CAGCUAUCUCGUCCAGCCGCUGCAUUAUACGUCACCAGUCGAGAAGAUGGGAUCUUUGGUACGCGUCUUACCUGCCCUCGUGGCCGCGAUAUCUUGCUUCACGGCGCUGGCCAUCGACAUUCCCGACCUGCGGUACCUGAAAGCCUACACCGACUAUGACCCCGACGGCCCCUACCACGAGUUCCUGGACUACUCCCCCGACCUCAGCGUCCAGGGCUUGGAUGAUUUCACCAUUAAACGCAUCUGCUUAACUGGACAAUGGAUCAUGUGCAGUGAGCGCUACUACAGUGGAUUUAGCAUUAAUUAUGGCGGGGUCAACCACUGCUACAACCUGUCUUCCAGUUACCCUAUAUCUUCUCUGCGGUACGCGGGCAGCCCCUACGGCCUGGACGACGUCUACUACAACCUCUACGAGGGGGAGAACAGGACGGGCAAUGAAUUCAAAGGCAACACAAACGUCCCGACGGUCGCAAACUUAGACAUGAAAGUGUCCUCCUUCUCCAUCAGUGGACAAACGCCGUGGACUUUCUUCACGGGCCUGCAGUACGCCGGGGAGGCCGUGUGCGUGUACCCGAUUUAUAUGACCAACGGCGGCAUUUAUUUGCAUCUCGGAGGAGUUUUAAGGAUUACAGACUUAGGCUUACCGGACAACUCGAUCAGGUCGGUGGCCAAGGGCUGCCUCACCGACAACGUCUACAGGGGCGACCGCCCCCACCAGGGGGAGCUCGGAGACCAGGACGGACAUUAGGACAUUCGACAAGUGCUGCAUGAAGUAGAAGACCUCCUGCCUUGAUAACCUAAAGAAUAUAUGAUUCCAAACGAUAUCACAGACGUUUCACUUUCACGUUUUGG